AUGUCGUGGAACGCAUAUACGGACAACUUGGUAUCUACAGGAAAGAUUGACAAGGCUGCUCUCUACUCGAAAGCGGGUGAUUCAUUAUGGGCUGAAUCUGGAUCGUUCCAAUUGCAACCAAACGAAAUUUCUGAGAUUGCUAGAGGAUUCGAUGAUGCCUCCAACUUGCAGAGCCACGGUUUACACGCUCAGGGACAAAAGUACUUUUUGUUGCGCAAUGACGAAAGAUCCAUUUAUGGUAAACAUGAUGCAGAAGGCUUGAUUUGUGUGAGAACCAAGCAGGCCAUAUUGCUUGCACACUACCCAAGUGGAGUUCAACCAGGAGAAGCCACUACCAUUGUAGAGAAAUUGGCUGACUAUUUAAUUGGAGUUGGUUACUAA